UGAACCACGUGGAGAGUGGGCUCGUUGUACUAUUCUCUGUAUAUUUUGUAUUUGUCAAUUUUUAUAAUGUCUGAUGAUGUGUCUGACACUAAUUGUAUUAAGGGAGGUGAUUUUGUCAUAGUUAAAGCGGAAAAUACCCUCCGUUUAGUUGAGCUGAAUAAAAGUAAGCCAUAUUAUUUGGGGAAGCGUAAGGCAAAUUUGUACUUUGCUAUAGGUCAACCAUACGGCUCAUUUUUUGAAAUUAAACCAGAUGGCAAUCUUAAGAAAUCAGCAGCUGCCGAAGUAGAUGAGAGUUUGAAUGUAAAAGUUGGAAAUGAUGAAGAAACUAAAGAUAAUCGAGCUCUAAUUGAUACCGGUAACUCGCAAAAACUAACAACUGUUGAUAUAGAAGCGUAUAAAGCUCAAGGUUUAUCAGGACAAGAAAUGGUGAAAAUAAUUGUAGAAAACAGCAGUUCAUUUCGUGAAAAAACGUUGUUUUCAAAAGAGAAAUAUUUGCGUAAGAAACAAUCUAAGUACAUGAAGUUUGUUCAGUUAUUAAAACCAAAUGUACGUCUUCUUGCUGAAAUGUAUUACUCUCAAGGUCCUUUAAAAAUAUGCAACUUGAGAAUUGAUUCUUUAUCCCAAAUGUUAGCAUUUUGUAACAUAAUGUCAGGUUGCAAGUACAUGAUAAUUGAAACUGUUUGUGGUCUGUUGACUGCAUCUGUGUUAGAACGAAUUGGGGUGCAUGGAUGUGUGAUUCAAAUGCAUUUGGGACCUUCCUCAAAAAAUCCUUGCCAGCAAACAAUCAAAGCAUUGAAUAUACCCGCGACAACAAUGGAAUCCUUGCUGUACAACAUAGAUCUGAAAAAUGCAAUGAAGAUACUACAACAGGAAAAAGCUGAUGAUGGCUCUGAGGCUUGUAAUUCAUCUGCCACUGAUAAAAAACCUAAACUUGCCAAAGAGCACUAUGGGAAUAAAGCAAAAGAAAUUUUAUCCUACAGAGACAUGGACAGUUUACUUGUAGCAGUUAAACAUCACCCAGCCAAUGUUUUGCCCCUGAUAGAUUUCCUAGCAUUCUCCAGACCAUUUGCCAUAUUUUCAAUGUUCCAAGAGCCCCUUGUAGAUUGCUAUGUUAAUCUAAAAUCAAGAGGAGAUAUUAUAUUGCUAAAUAUUUCUGAAACAUGGUUUCGCAGGUAUCAAGUGCUUCCUGAUAGGACCCAUCCAUGUUAUACCAUGUCUGGAAAUGGGGGUUUUCUACUGACUGGAAUAAAAGUGGACAAAAAAGCAUUGUAUUGAUGUUUGUAUUUACUGAAACUUGGAUGCAUAUGUAAACUUCAUGGAUAUGUAUAAAAAUACUUAUUUAAACGUUACAAAAGACUUGUAUUUAUCAAUUUCUCAAAGUGAAGAUCAGUCUUGCAUAAUGUAGACGAACGCGUGCGAACGGCGUUCGCAGAAAAUUUUUGGCUCUGCAGAAUUUUUUUUUCA